CUGGGGCCCCGCGUGCAGUCGCUGCCGGGCCGCGCGAAGCCCGGGUUUCCAGGGCCGACACAGCUGACAGGGGCCGGGGCCGGGGCGCUGCUGGCGGAGGCUGGGACCAUGAGACUCGCGGGCUGGGGGCUGCGCUGGGCCAUCGCCCUGCUGCUCGCCGCGGCGGGGGCUGCAGUGGAAGACAAAUGUGGGAGAAAGGAGUUUCAGUGCCGAGACGGGAAAUGCAUCUCCUACAAGUGGGUUUGCGACGGGAGCGCUGAGUGCCAGGAUGGCUCUGAUGAGUCCCCGGAGACGUGCAUGUCUGUCACCUGCAUGGCGGGAGACUUCAGCUGUGGGGGCCGUGUCAACCGCUGCAUUCCUCAUUUCUGGAGAUGUGACGGCCAGACGGACUGUGAGAACGGCUCGGACGAGCAAGGCUGUCCCCCCAAGACGUGCUCCGAGGACGAGUUCCGCUGCCACGACGGGAAGUGCAUCGCCCGGGAGUUCGUCUGUGACUCGGACCGGGACUGCCUGGACGGCUCCGACGAGGCGUCCUGCCCCGCGCCCACCUGCGGCCCCGCCAGCUUCCAGUGCAACAGCUCCGCCUGCAUCCCCGAGCUGUGGGCCUGCGACGGUGACCCCGAGUGCGACGACGGCUCGGACGAGUGGCCGGAGCGCUGCGGGGGCCGCGACACGUCGGCGCCCCGGGGGGACACUGGCCCCUGCUCCGCGCGGGAGUUCCACUGCCGCAGCGGCGAGUGCAUCCACUCCAGCUGGCGCUGCGACGGCGGCCCCGACUGCAGGGACAAGUCCGACGAGGAGAGCUGCGCCGUUGCCACGUGCCGGCCUGACGAGUUCCAGUGCUCCGACGGGACCUGCAUCCACGGCAGCCGACAGUGCGACCGGGAGUAUGACUGUAAGGACAUGAGUGACGAGCUCGGCUGCAUCAAUGUGACCCUGUGCGAGGGCCCCAACAAAUUCAGGUGCCACAGCGGCGAGUGCAUCACCCUGGACAAAGUGUGCGACUCGGUCAGGAACUGCCGGGACUGGUCGGACGAGCCCCUCAAGGAGUGUGGGACCAACGAGUGUCUGGACAACAAGGGUGGCUGCUCCCACGUCUGCAAUGACCUCAAGAUCGGCUACGAGUGCCUGUGCCCCGAGGGCUUCCGGCUGGUGGACCAGCGGAGAUGUGAAGACAUCGACGAGUGCCAGGACCCCGACGCCUGCAGCCAGCUCUGCGUGAACCUCGAGGGCGGCUACAAGUGCGAGUGUGAGGAGGGCUUCCAGCUGGACCCCCUCACCAAGUCCUGCAAGGCCACGGGCACCAUCGCCUACCUCUUCUUCACCAACCGCCACGAGGUGAGGAAGAUGACGCUGGACCGCGGCGAGUACACCAGCCUCAUCCCCAACCUGAAGAACGUGGUCGCCCUGGACACGGAGGUUGCCAGCAACAGAAUCUACUGGUCCGACCUGUCCCAAAGGAAGAUCUACAGCACCCAGAUCGACAAAGCCCCCGGAUUCUCCUCCUACGACACCGUCAUUGGCGAGGACCUGCAGGCCCCCGACGGGCUGGCAGUGGACUGGAUCCACGGCAACAUAUACUGGACUGACUCCGUCCUGGGCACCGUCUCCGUGGCCGACACCAAGGGGGUGAAGAGAAAGACGCUCUUCAGGGAGAAAGACUCCAAGCCGCGGGCCAUCGUGGUGGAUCCCGUGCACGGCUUCAUGUACUGGACGGACUGGGGAACCCCGGCCGAGAUCAGGAAGGGGGGCCUGAACGGCGUGGACAUCUACUCGCUGGUCACAGAGGACAUCCAGUGGCCCAAUGGCAUCACGCUGGAUCUUUCCAGUGGCCGGCUCUACUGGGUUGACUCCAAGCUCCACUCCAUCUCCAGCAUUGAUGUCAACGGAGGGAACCGGAAGACCAUUCUGGAGGACAAGAAGAAAUUGGCACACCCCUUCUCCUUGGCCGUCUUUGAGGAUAAAGUAUUUUGGACGGAUAUCAUCAAUGAAGCCAUUUUUAGUGCCAACCGCCUCACGGGCUCAGACAUUAAUUUGAUGGCAGAAAACCUGUUGUCGCCAGAGGAUAUUGUCCUUUUCCACAACCUCACGCAGCCCAGAGGGGUGAACUGGUGUGAGAGGACCGCCCUCCGCAACGGCGGCUGCCAGUACUUGUGUCUCCCGGCCCCGCAGAUCAACCCCCACUCGCCCAAGUUCACCUGUGCCUGCCCCGACAGCAUGGUGCUGGCCACGGACAUGCGGAGCUGCCUCACAGAGACUGAAUCUGUUGUGACCACCCGGGGGCCCUCGACGGUGAGGAUGACGGUCAGCUCAACAGCCAGCUCGACGGCCGUGGGGCCGAAGCACACAGCCAGCCUGGCGUCCGUGGCCAUCCCUGAGCUCACCACAGCCAAGACGGUGACAGUGUCCCACCAAGCCCUGGGCGACGCUGUGGGCAGAGGCGGCGAGGAGAGGCCCAGGAGCGUGGGGGCUCUGUACAUCGUGCUCCCCAUCGCGCUGCUCAUCGUCCUGUGCUUCGGGACCUUCCUCCUCUGGAAGAACUGGCGGCUGAAGAGCAUCAACAGCAUCAACUUUGACAACCCCGUGUACCAGAAGACCACGGAGGACGAGGUGCACAUCUGCCGCAGCCAGGACGGCUACUCCUACCCCUCGAGACAGAUGGUCAGCCUGGAGGACGACGUAGUGUGAGCCACUGCCGCGAGGCCUGUGGCUCCCCGGAACCUGCUGGGCAGGAAGAGCGCUUUCUCCCUGGACCCGUGACCUGCCCCAACCCUUCCCAAGACCUCGACGCCCUCCUGUUGCGUUCAAAGCAAGAAGUGACCGAGAGCACCGCCGUGGCCGCAGCCUCCGCGCCGGCGGCCGCGCUGUCUGCCAGAACCUUGUUCUAUAUAUUUAUUCGUCUGGGAGGCAGAACGGGCUUCCGACGGCGCCCAGGGAACGGGCUCGGGUUGGGAUUCUCCUGUCUGUCUUUCCGUCUGAAGGAGAAGAGGAGAAAGCCGAAUGAGCUGGGGGGACGUUCCGUCCUCUCCGGGGAGGGUUGACCUUCCAGCAUCUUCCACCGGCUCCUCGCCUGAGGGGUGGCCGGACGGAGGGACACGGAGUGAGAGAAAGCACGUGGCCUUGAAUACUCGAGAGCAGGGCCCCAGGCAGCCGCCGCCCCCACUCUCCAGCCCGAGCCCCAGACUCAGGAGUGAAUGUGUUCACCUCCCCUUGCUGGUUGCUGGACGGCCAGAGCAAGCCUCUUGGCCACCCCCGAUCAGGAUCCAACUGGGGUUUCCCAAGCCGGGUUUGUGGCCUCCCCUUAGGCCGGGAAGGGGCCUCUGGCGUUGACACGGAUGUGGCUGAAUCCAGCAAUCCGGGGGUGGCACCAGCUAAGCCCCGUCCACUCACAGAACCUCGACAGCUUCCAGGGACAGCCUGAACCGCCCAUCGCCCUUAAUCUUUUCUGAAGUGCCUGAGACGCCGGGCACCCCGUGCGUGUAGACGGCAGCCUCCGAGACCCCCAGGCGCGUCCUUCGGGCCCAGUGUGGCUGUCCGGACCCCAGCCCUGCGCCCCAGCCCCCGCUCCUUCAACUCUCCUCGCACUUUUCCGUUCAGGGUCAUACGUUCCGUAAAGGCGACGUUCGUGUUGUUAGUUUGCACUGUCUCCGUUCCAGCUGGGAUGGGCUCCCAGGCCCGAGAGGGCCCCGGGGAUCACCGAGCGCUUCGAAGCCAAGAUCGUGACUCUGGCUAGCGUUUCCACGUCUAUGCAGAUGCCCUUGAGCCGUUAAUUUCCCCGACAGGAUGGUUGUCACGGAUGGGUGUCCCUCUGAAACCUGCACAAGCGCUUCAGCCCUGGAGGACAUCCCCGGGCUCUGUCAUUUUAUGGGGCUUCUGAAACCAGAAUUCUUUCUGAAAUUGUCACCCAUGUUGUUGCAUUUAAGACCGAAGAGAUGGGCAGGGGGGUCCAGCCGCAGUCGCUUCCUGCACGGAGAUGUCGGAAGGGACUGUCACUCAUUCAUGACCCGACCACGAAACACUGUGUGCCCCCCCGUAGGAAACUGAAACCUUGUCUCCGUCUGAAGCUGUAAAUAAACCCCUGUCCAGACGGGGGCGGGGGGGGGCUUUUUGUUAUAUUUGCACUUUGUAUAUUGGUUGAAACAUUUAUCACCUAUAUAUAUAUGAAAAAAAAGAUCUAUUUAUUUUUGCAAAUCCUAGUUGCUGCGUUUGCUUGGUGACCCCUCGGGGGGCUCUGCUUUGGGGGUGAUUGUCUCUGAGACGCCUCGUCUUUCUGUACAAAGAUUGUUCGCGCUGCUGUGCGCCCCGCUCUUCAGGAGAAGCGUGUCUGCGUUGUAUAUAUGGGUUGCUUUGGGGUAUGGGUGUCGCUUUUUAAACCACUGUAUAGAAUGUUUUUAUAGCCUGAAUGUCUUACUGUGAGGGAUGAAAUUUCUUAAAUGAACCCUUUGGCUAAAUCUGACGUGGUUUUGUCUUUUGUUCAGCCCCUUGCUCCGUCUGUUAAUGGGCUGGACUCCCCGGGAGAAGGAUCUGGAAAGGGAACAUUUCCCCAGAGCUCAGGACAGGCUGCAGGCUCCGGGGGCGGG